GUCGGAGGAAGAUAAGGUAAGGAAAUAAACAAAACUGGAAACACUAGCGGUUUUGCGUGGCGCAGGUAUGGACUAUCGCUUCCCAGCCACAAGGAUGCAGAGCACCACAAACUACCUGUGGCUCAUCUCUGACCUGCUGGGUCAGGGAGCCACAGCCAACGUCUACCGUGGCAGACACAAGAAAACGGGUGACCUGUAUGCUGUCAAAGUUUUCAACAACCUCAGUUUCUUGAGACCGCUCGACGUUCAGAUGAGGGAGUUCGAGGUUUUGAAGAAGCUGAACCACAAAAACAUCGUCAAGCUUUUCGCUGUGGAGGAAGAGUCCAACACGCGUCAUAAGGUGCUGGUGAUGGAGUACUGUCCCUGUGGAAGCCUCUACACCGUCCUGGAGGAGUCGUCUAACGCUUACGGGCUUCCGGAGGACGAGUUUCUCAUCGUCCUGCAUGAUGUUGUGGCGGGAAUGAACCACUUGCGAGAGUACGGCAUUGUUCACCGCGACAUCAAACCUGGAAACAUCAUGAGAGUGAUCGGUGAGGAUGGCCGCUCUGUCUACAAGUUGACAGAUUUCGGAGCUGCCCGAGAGCUGGAGGACGACGAACAGUUUGUGUCCCUUUACGGCACUGAGGAAUAUCUGCACCCUGACAUGUACGAGCGUGCCGUCCUGAGAAAAGACCACCAGAAGAAAUACGGUGCCACAGUGGAUUUGUGGAGCAUCGGCGUCACCUUCUAUCACGCCGCCACAGGCAGUCUUCCCUUUAGACCCUUUGAGGGACCACGCCGGAACAAGGAAGUCAUGUAUAAAAUCAUCACGGAGAAGCCCUCUGGAACCAUCUCCGGUCACCAGAAGUGUGAGAAUGGGAAGAUUGAGUGGAGCAGGGAGAUGCCUGUGUCCUGUAGCCUGUCCAAGGGUCUGCAAGGCCUCCUGACUCCAGUCCUGGCCAACAUCCUGGAGGCCGACCAGGAAAAGUGCUGGGGCUUUGACCAGUUUUUCGCAGAGACCAACGACAUCCUGCAUCGCACCGUGGUCUACGUCUUCAGCCUUCAGCAGGCCACUCUCCACCACCUCUAUAUCCACGAGUACAACACGGCAUCACUGUUCCAAGAGUUGCUGGCACGCACAACCAGUAUUUCCCUUCACAACCAGGAGCUUGUGUACGAGGGUCGUCGCCUCGUCCUGGACCCCAACCGCCAGGCCAAGAGCUUCCCGAAGACCUCCAGAGACAAUCCCAUCAUGCUGAUCAGUCGUGAGUCUGUGGCCACCGUGGGGCUGAUCUUUGAGGACCCUUGCCCCCCAAAAGUCCAGCCUCGCUAUGACCUUGACCUGGACGCCAGCUAUGCCAAGACCUUUGCAGGCGACGUCGGACACUUGUGGCAAACAUCAGAGUUACUGCUGGUUUAUCAGGAGCUGGUGCGGAAAGGUGUUCGUGGCUUAAUAGAGUUGAUGAAAGAAGACUACAGUGAGAUUCUGCACAAGAAGUCAGAGGUUUUCCAUCUGUGCAACUUCUGCACUCAGAUUCUGGAGAGAACCGAACAGCUGUACGAGGUGCUGAUGCAGGCCAACAUGCUGUCGACCGAGUACGAUGAGAUCUCGGACAUGCACAAGAAAGUUCUCAGAAUUGCUGGAUCUUUGGAACCGAUUGAACGAACGACACAGGAGAUCAAGAGCAAGUUCCUCCCUGGAGGGCUCCUGACCGACGGCUGGUCGCAGCAAGUGGGGACUCACCCCGAAGACAGGAACGUGGAGAAAAUCAAGGUGCUGCUGGACGCCAUCACCGCCAUCUACCAGCAGUUUAAGAAGGACAAAGCCGAGCGACGUCUGCCGUACAACGAGGAGCAGAUCCACAAAUUUGACAAACAGAAGUUGGUCCUUCAUGCCAGCAAAGCGCGGUCUCUGUUCACUGAGGAGUGUGCCAUGAAGUACAGACUCUUCAUCUCCAAGAGUGAGGAGUGGAUGAGGAAAGUGCAUCAUGUGAGGAAACAGCUGCUGGGCCUGUCUGGUCAGCUGAUCAGCAUCGAGAAGGAGGUCACCAUGAUGAUGGAGCGAGCCAUUAAGUUGCAGGAGCAGUUGCCUCAGAAGGUUCUUCCUCUGGUCUCCAGUGGUAUGAAGCCUCAGGCCUAUCUGAGUCAGAACACGCUGGUGGAGAUGACGCUUGGGAUGAAGAAGCUGAAGGAGGAGAUGGAGGGGGUCGUCAAGGAGCUGGCAGAAAACAACCACUUCCUGGAGAGGUUUGGCACAUUGACACUGGAUGGGGGCUUAAGAGGAUGAAUGGAAUCAAAGGGACCAAUGUGCUCUUGACACUGUUGUAAAUACCAAACUGUGAAUAUUCUCUCAGUGUAAAGUGGCAUCGCUGUUCAUGGAAGCCUGAAUGUUUACACACCCUCUCAAGCUACGGUGUGAAUUGGCUGAUCUGCCUUAACAGUCCUAUAGCGUGUCGAUAAAAAUGCUUUUUAUUGAUUCUGUUAUAUUUACUCCUCUGUUGUUCCACACAAGAGGUACUUUUUGAACCAGAAAUGUUAAUUUGUUGUUACUUCAGUUUGAGCGGGAAUGUCUUAACCAAUCAUGUUAUUCUAAAUUUAAAUGGAACUUGGUCUUUGUAAUACUGUUAUGUCACUGUACUGUUCCAUAAUUUCUUUUUUUUUUUUUU